AGUUAUAACUAAUCGAUUUUGAGCCAUUUUAUCCGACGAAACGUGAAAAUCGAAGAUUUCAGAGAACGACUAUGAUAAACCGUGUGGUUUGGCCUGCAACAUUUUUAAUCCUCGUGUUGCCAUGGCGAUACUCACAUGCCAGCUGCGGUGAGUCUGAAUACACCCAGCCAGGUCACGUGCUUAUCAAUCACGUGAUAGAAUCACUCAUGGGUACGAGUUUAAUGGGUUGUAUGCAGCAUUGCGAUGAAAACGUUUUCUGUUCAAGUAUAAACAUUUACACAGACAGCAGGUUGUGUGAAUUAAACAGUGCCAAUCACAUUUCCUUUCCUGAGGAUCUUGUCCCGGUCAGCCAUCAUGCAAGCUACAUGAUUUACUCUCUACACCCAGCAUUCGUCUGUAGCAACCAUCGCUGUCCUGAUCCAGAUACUAGGUGUUUUUUAUAUGGAACCUCCCGUCAUUGUCAUGUCUGCGUCAAUCCAUUGGGGAUGGAAGAUGGUCGCAUAACGGACGCGCAAAUCACAGCCUCCUCUUUUUUCCGCGAAAACCACGUGCCCGCAAAUGGACGCCUAGGCAACACUGUAGGUGCAGGUGCCUGGGCUGCAAAAAAAAAUUUAGUUGGGGAGUAUUUACAGAUAGAUCUUGGUAAGGCGAUGAUCAUCAUUAAAGUAGCUACCCAAGCAAGACAUCGAUAUCCUUAUUUCCAAUGGGUGACCAAGUAUUAUCUGACCUACAGCAUGGGUCCUGGUUACUGGCUGCCAUACAAAUACUACAACCAAGUUAAGGAAUUCCAAGGAAAUCAUAACAGAGAUAUCGUGGUCACCAACAGCUUACCAUUACCAUUAAAAACAAGAUAUAUCAGGAUCGUUGUUUUGGAAUGGAAUAAUCAUAUCUCGAUGAGAGCUGAACUAUAUGGAUGUUCACCACCAUAAGCAUCAGACAACAUCACGGGAAACCCAAUCAAUAGAUGAAUGGCGUGCAUGUAUGGACCACACCCACUCGAUUACACCACAACCAUCAGUACUCAUGAGAUGAACUGUAUGGAUGGAUAGACCACACCCUGUUAACUACACCACAACCAUCAGCACUCAUGAGAUGAACUGUAUAGAUGGAUAGACCACACUCUGUUAACUACACCACAACCAUCAGUACUCAUGAGAUGAACUGUAUGGAUGGAUAGACCACACUCUGUUAACUACACCACAACCAUCAGUACUCAUGAGGUGAACUGUAUGGAUGGAUGGACCACACCCUGUCAACUACACCACAACCAUCAGUACUCAUGAGAUGAACUUUAUGGAUGGAUAGACCACACCCUGUUAACUACACUACAACCAUCAGUACUCAUGAGAUGAACGGUAUGGAUGGAUAGACCACACUCUGUUAACUACACCACAACCAUCAGCACUCAUGAGAUGAACUGUAUGGAUGUAUAGACCACACCCUAUUAACUACACCACAACCAUCAGCACUCAUGAGAUGAACGGUAUGGAUGGAUAGACCACACUCUGUUAACUACACCACAACCAUCAGCACUCAUGAGAUGAACUGUAUGGAUGGAUAGACCACACCCUGUUAACUACACCACAACCAUCAGUACUCAUGAGAUUAACUGUAUGGAUGGAUAGACCACACCCUGUUAACUACACCACAAUCAUCAGUACUCAUGAAAUGAACGGUAUGGAUGGAUAGACCACACUCUGUUAACUACACCACAACCAUCAGUACUCAUGAGAUGAACUUUAUGGAUGGAUAGACCACACCCUGUCAACUACACUACAACCAUCAGUACUCAUGUAAUGAACUGUAUGGAUGCAUAGACUACACCCUAUUAACUACACCACAACCAUCAGCACUCAUGAGAUGAACUGUAUGGAUGGAUAGACCACACCCUGUUAACUACACUACAACCAUCAGUAAUCGAGCAGAGAUAACCAAUAUGGUGGUUUGAUGUGUAUAGUCGUUCUUUAAAGCAUACAUAACACUCUAUAAAACGCCAAAUCAUGUGCGCCCAACAAGGUAUUUAUUGGAAUUAGUAAUCUACACUAAUAAUCUAAAACUUGCCUGACAUUGAUACAGAAGGUUUUGAGCGAUAACCGUUGCAUCGCGACCAGCGCCGUUUCAAAAAUUCGUUUGAAUUUUAGUCUAUUCUGAAACAAUUCUUAACUGAAAAUAACUUCCCUUCGCAAA